AUGAUCACAGUCAACCCCGAUGGGAAGAUAAUGGUCAGAAGAUGCCUGGUCACCCUGAGACCCUUUCGGCUUUUUGUCCUGGGCAUCGGCUUCUUCACUCUCUGCUUCCUGAUGACAUCUCUGGGAGGCCAGUUCUCAGCCAGGCGCCUGGGAGACUCACCCUUCACCAUCCGCACAGAAGUGCUGGGUGGCCCCGAGUCCCGUGGUGUCCUCCGCAAGAUGAGUGACCUGCUGGAGCUGAUGGUGAAGCGUGUGGAUGCCCUGGCCAGGCUGGAGAACAGCAGCGAGCUGCACCGCACCUCUGGCGAUGCGCACUUUGCUGCAGACAGGCUGCCCCCUGGGGCGGGCCUCAUUGAGCGGAUCCAGGCCAUUGCCCAGAAUGUCUCUGACAUUGCCGUGAAGGUGGAUCAGAUCCUGCAUCACAGCUUAAAGAUGUCUGAAGGCCGGAGGGACCAGUGUGAGGCACCCAGUGACCCCAAGUUCCCUGACUGCUCGGGAAAGGUGGAGUGGAUGCGUGCCCGCUGGACCUCUGACCCCUGCUAUGCCUUCUUCGGGGUGGAUGGUACCGAGUGUUCCUUCCUCAUCUACCUCAGUGAGGUCGAGUGGUUCUGCCCACCCCUGCCCUGGAGGAACCAGACAGCUGCCCGAAUGGCCGCCAAGCCCCUUCCAAAAGUCCAGGCAGUCUUCCGGACCAAUCUGUCCCACCUCUUGGAGAUGAUGGGCAGCGGGAAGGAGUCUCUGAUCUUCAUGAAGAAGCGGACCAAGCAGCUUAUGGCCCAGUGGACCACAGCUGCCCGACGCCUGGAGCAGAAGCUGGGGGGUGUCCAGAGGGACCAGAAGCAGAUCCUCGUCCACAUCGGCUUCUUGACAGAGGAGUCCGGGGAUGUGUUCAGCCCACGGGUGCUGAAGGGCGGGCCGCUGGGGGAGAUGGUGCAGUGGGCGGACAUUCUGGCUACUCUCUAUGUCCUGGGUCACAGCCUGAGGGUCACAGUGUCCCUGAAGGAGCUGCAGAGUAACUUAGGGGUGCCGCCAGGCCGGGGAAACUGCCCACUCACCAUAUCGCUGCCUUUCGACCUCAUCUACACGGACUACCACGGCCUACAGCAGAUGAAGCUGCACAUGGGACUGUCCUUCAAGAAGUACCGGUGCCGAAUUCGAGUCAUCGACACCUUUGGGACAGAACCUGCAUACAACCACGAGGAGUACGCCACGCUGCACGGUUACCGGACCAACUGGGGCUACUGGAACCUGAACCCCAAGCAGUUCAUGACCAUGUUCCCUCACACCCCGGACAACUCCUUCAUGGGCUUCGUGUCCGAGGAGCUCAACGAGACUGAGAAGCAGCUCAUCAAAGGCGGCAAGGCCAGCAACAUGGCCGUGGUGUACGGCAAGGAGGCGAGUAUCUGGAAGCUCCAGGGGAAGGAGAAAUUUCUGGGCAUCCUCAACAAGUACAUGGACAUCCAUGGCACAGUGUACUACGAGAGCCAGCGGCCUCCUGAGGUCCCUGCCUUCGUGAAGAACCAUGGCCUCCUGCCGCAGCCAGAGUUCCAGCAGCUGCUGCGCAAGGCCAAACUCUUCAUAGGGUUCGGCUUCCCCUACGAGGGCCCAGCCCCCCUGGAGGCCAUUGCCAAUGGCUGUGUCUUCCUGCAGUCCCGCUUCAGCCCGCCACACAGCUCCCUCAACCAUGAGUUCUUCCGAGGCAAGCCCACCUCCAGGGAGGUGUUCUCCCAGCACCCCUACGCGGAGAAUUUUAUUGGCAAGCCUCACGUGUGGACUGUGGACUACAACAACUCGGAGGAGUUUGAAGCAGCCAUCAAGACCAUCAUGAAAACCCAGGUAGACCCCUACCUGCCCUACGAGUAUACCUGUGAGGGGAUGCUGGAGCGAAUCCAUGCUUACAUCCAGCACCAGGACUUCUGUGCAGCCCCCAGCCCUGCCCCCCCAGGGACCCAUCCAAAGCAGAGCCCCUUCAUCCUGGCUCCCAAUGCCACCCACCUGGAGUGGGCCCAGAAUGCCAGCUCCGUCCCAGGGGCCUGGCCCCCCACCAAUUCCCUUCGGGCCUGGCUGGCUGCCCCUGGGAGGGCCUGCACGGACGCCUGCUUGGACCAUGGGCUGAUCUGUGAGCCCUCCUUCUUCCCCUUCCUCAACAGCCAGGACGCCUUCCUCAAGCUGAAGGUGCCCUGUGACAGCACUGAGUGGGAGAUGCACCACUUGUACCCAGCCCUCGCCCAACCUGGCCAGGAGUGCUACCUUCAGAAGGAGCCCCUGCUCUUCAGCUGUGCAGGUGCCAACACCAAGUACCAGAGGCUCUGUCCCUGCCGUGACUUCCGCAAGGGCCAGGUGGCCUUGUGCCGGGGCUGCCUGUGA